CUAAGUCUCAAUUGGCAUGCUUUCAAAUAAGCGCUGAUCAAAAUCGAUGGGGGCAGGUAGUGGAAAGAGGGUUGAUUGACAGAGCAAAUCGUUCCCAAACGGAGCCUGUGUAAUCACAGGAGGCUCUUGAGGUUUCAGUCCUGGGUCCUCACUGGAAUGAGUCUCCAGAUCACCGCUUUCUCUACCUAGAUGAGAUUCAUGCUCGACAGGCAAAUUGGACAGAAUGAUUGAAUGUGUGCGGGGUGCAGGUGAUUCGAAGGCAUGCAUGCUGUUGGCACCGCGCCUGUCCUCUCCCUGCGCACCCGCGUUAACUGUGCGUACUGCAUAGUCAACUUUUUCUCGGACUGUAGCUAUCAGUAUUCAACUCAGCAAUGUGCUGCAUUCAUGGCUCAUUGACUUAAUAAUCACAUUCUCUGAGAAUGACUCUUUAGCAAUUACGAUAUCUCUCAACGCUCCAAGUCAAUGCAUGCCAGGCCAUCUCCACCAUGACGAUCAAGCCCAUCUCGAAGCACGAAGAGGCUCGGAACAAGUCCGAACAGAAUGCCGGGAAAGACGACCCAGUCCCAUCUUACACCGAUGCGAUUGCCACAUCAUCAUCGUCGUCACCAACAGAAGGAGCUGCUACAGGUACUGCUGCGCAAUCGUAUACAAUCGCAACGCCGCUCGGCGCAAGCGGCAUCAGCAGCCCAUUGUUAUCGUCAAGAAACGCGACGCCGCCAGAGCCAGCACUGCUGCAAGGAGGCGUCACUGGUGCUGCGCCGAAUGUGCCGCUCAUCUUUGUCAGCUCGGGACUUCCUAGUGCCGCCGAACCUGGCGCGGUGCAGCUAACACCUGAAUCCUCCAGAGAGAUGGACCGCCAAGCGACGGUCCGCGCGCGUCUACGCUUCGUUGAGGCGUUCGCCUACGCGAUGCUCAUCUACAUCAUCAUGGGCCUCCUCACCGGCAUCGUAGUGGACCAGGCCACGCACGAAGGGCGGCAUCGCCAUCGGCACGGAGGCAAAAACAAGCCGCAUCUCCCACCGCAUUGGCCGCCAAGACAAGGAGAAGACGACAGCUGGAGCUGGCAGGUGAUAGCCAGAAGCUUCCAGGUGUGAUGCAGGAUACACAGGUGUCUAGUUAUGAGUCUGACAGCUGCAAGACAAGCUUCUGUGGCCGAAAUGAAAGACUGGUCUGAUCCACAUAUGGCCGGCAGAUUCUUCGCUUCCCAAUUCUCAUGUACGAUAUGAUCGAAGCAUGCCCGUGCGUAACUCUUCAAGCAUUUCUUGUAAACAAUUUCAUCGACGACUGCAGCAUGAAUGGAUGUAUGAUACAAAGUCAAACGGAGGAGAUAAGAGCACACAACAAAGAUAAUCCUACGCAC